CUUUGGCGCGUCCUUUGCGAUUCUCCUCAGCGCUGAGCCCGCCCUCUGCACGCUCUCAGCUGCCACUUCCGCUCUCGCUUUCCACCGUGCAAUAUGGCGGAGGAGCCUGAGUCGGUGUUGCAACUCCCUUCAACUGCUGCUGCCGGCGGUGAAGGACUUACGGAUGUCUCCCCAGAAACAGCCACUCCAGAGCCCCCAUCUUCUGCUGCAGUCUCGCCGGGGACAGAGGAGCCUUCAGGCGACACCAAGAAAAAAAUUGACAUCCUACUGAAGGCUGUGGGAGACACCCCUAUAAUGAAAACAAAGAAGUGGGCUGUAGAGCGAACCCGAACCAUCCAAGGACUCAUUGACUUCAUCAAGAAGUUCCUUAAACUUGUGGCCUCGGAACAGUUGUUUAUUUAUGUGAAUCAGUCCUUUGCUCCUUCCCCAGACCAGGAAGUCGGGACCCUCUAUGAGUGUUUUGGCAGUGAUGGUAAACUGGUCCUACAUUACUGCAAAUCUCAGGCCUGGGGAUGAGCCACAGAGAAAAACAGCUUGCUACUCAAGAUGAUGUUUUCACAGAGGAAAAAGCUCCAUAAAGUUCUUAUGCUGUGACGAGACUUAACAGAUAUCAACUACUCAGCAUGUGUCUACUGUAACUCAUAUUCAUACAUAAGAAAACCUCUGUAGAGUGAAUAGACUAACAAAAAUAUGAUUUGUGUUAUUACACAAGUCUUCAUAAAAGAUUGACAUCACAGUAUGCCUGUUACUCCUGCCUACUACCAUUGUUUCAGAUCUGCCUCCAAGAUUGAGAAGAUUGAAACUACAUGAACUUUCAUUACCUGUUUUCAAAAUGAUUGAAAUUGUUUACUUAUAGAACUAGUACUCUGCUGAUUUCUUUCAUGGUAAAAAUUAAUUUACUAAUAGGUUUUUCCAUUUCUUUUUAACUCAUUCAAGGAAACGUCAGGGGUAUAAGAGGUUUAUAUUUUUUCUGUUGAAUUACCUUGUCAAACCAAGUCGCAUUGACCUCUUAGCUGAAUACCUUACAUAGUCCAUUAGAGGGCAGUCCAGCUGAUAAAAAGGGUUUGGUUAAUCCGGUUCUACAUCUUUGCCAGGUGAAUGGAAAUAAGACUUUUCUUGUUAAUUUCUGGCCAAUAUGUAGCCAAGAAAGCAAGUAUGUUGAUAAACUGGAAGACUUUGAGAAAAUAAUCACAAUUUAAUUAUGCUUGGAAACAGAAACAAUUUUACAAAUUCUAGACAAAUGAGUUUUAUAGGAUUUUUUUUUUUUUUUGGUACUAUCAUUUAAGAUUGAGUUCCAGUGUUGUGCUGCUUAUUUAAAUAUCACUUAUUUAAACAAUGUCCAAAGAACUUGCUGAGUAAACCUAAAAUCAUUGUGUACUUCAUAUUAUAUUCAGAUUGAAAGUAUUCAAAGAAUAAUUGUAAAAUAGCCUCAAAUUUUAUGUGUAUGUCAUGCCUUGACUAAAAGAGUACCAUUUUUACUGGUGUGGUUAGAGUGCUCAUUGCUUGAAGUGAGAUUUAACUUUUUUUUCUUUUGUACUUUAUUUAUCAUGCAUAAUAUUUAAAGCCAUUCCAUAAAUGGAAUAGAAUGUUCAAACAGGUUUUGUGACAUGUACUAUAAUUUCAAGUGUUUGUUUUCAAAGAUAAUAUGGUAGGAAGGAUGUGAUUUUUAUGAAAGUAUUUGAGCUACACUUACAUCCUUUAAAUCCCAGAGUGCACUUUAUGGCUAGGGUUCAGCCACAUAUUAGCAUGAGGAUAUGCUAAAUAACAAUUCACUUUACAGUGAAGAAAUUGCUAUUCAGUUCUCAUUUUUUGCCUAAGAAUGUGAAUUCUUGAUUUCCCUUAUACCAAUGACCCUUUAUAAUAAAUGAAUAUGGCUAAUAGCAGUGGAAAA